GAGUGUGUCGGAAAGCCUUGCAAACAUGGGACCUGCGUGAACAAAGAUGGCGGCUACAGCUGUACCUGCUCCCCUGGAUGGAAAGGACAACAUUGCCAGCAGCCCUCGUGUCCUAGCGGGUGGAGCGAACAGAAAACCCACUGCUACAAGGUGAUGCCGGACAAACUGAAAUGGACUGACGCAAAAUCGCGAUGCGAACAACACGGUGCACAUCUUACUUCAGUCAAGGACGCCACCGAGAACAAACUCAUCAGUCAGCUCAUAUCCAGUGCCCUCAAGCAAGAGAAGGAUGACCUUGUUUGGAUCGGACUCACGAAUGGAAAGAAAGUAAUUUCUAUUCUGCAGUUGUGGGGAAGCGAUUUGAAGUGGACAGAUGGAUCACCGGUCUCUUACACCAACUGGGCUAAGGGCCAGCCAACAGUGGCAGGACCUUUCAUCUUCAUCGGGAAAGCUGGAGGGAACUGUGCCGGCAUGUACUCUAAGAAGCCAGGCUGGCUGAUGAUGGGCCGGGGAGAAAUAGGACAGUGGAAAACUGGGAGAUGUGACAGCCAGCAUCCCUUUAUUUGCAAGAAGCCAAAAUGAUAAAACGUUGAUUCUGAGGCCAGCAAUGUUGAUUUGAUCAUAUCGAUGACAUCCUUUAAAAAAAAUAAAACCGAUGCGUGCUUUCGAAUAAAUUGUUACCUUUAUUUCGAAAUCUAAGGGGUCAGGAAGUUUGAAGUCAUGGCUAAACACACAAAAUAUGGUAUACAGAACGAUGGAUGUUUUUAAAUUUUGUUCUCUCGCAUCUUCUUUGGGUUUUGAAUUUCCUUUGGCAAUUUAUGACAGUAGUUGUUAGUUUUCGAUUUUAUUUUUAAUUUACAGCAUA